AUGCACGCCUCCGAGAGUCUCGCGAGCAAGGUCUGCGCGCCCGCCCACCCACGCAUCUUCAACCUCUCAUCCCGCGUCGCCCACAGCAUGGCCCACGCCGGCGUGUACGCGCUGCCCGUCGAGCUGCUCGCGAGGAUCUUCGAGCUGGGGAGAGAGGAUGCGCCCAGCCCCGACCUGCAGCCCCCCGGCGAGCCCACCUUCGAGGUGCUCGUCUCGCACGUCUGCCAGCACUGGCGCGACGUCGCCCUCCGCACGCCGACCCUCUGGACCCUCGUCCACUUCCGCACCACGCCCCACCUCGCCCGCGCCCGCGCGUACCUCUCGCGCAGCGGCAGCCAGCCGCUGCAGAUCUUCGUCGACACCUGCGCCAAGGACGAGUACGUCCCCGGCUGGCUGCUCUUCCGCGACGAGUUCCACCCCGUCUUCGACACCGUCGUCCCGCACAUCGCCCGCUGGCGCUCGCUCUACCUCAAGGUGCGCGACCUCGCCUGCAAGCGCUCCGCCCGCGACGUCCUCUCCACCUGCGGCGCCGCCCCGCGCCUCGCCUCCCUCACCCUCUGGCACAUCGAGGACUGGGGCACCUCCGAGCGCCUCUACACCGCCAUCGGCCCGCCCCCCGUCGUCGUCUUCGCCGGCCGCCUCCCCGCCCUGCGCCACGUGCACCUCAUCGGCGUCAACCUCCCCUGGUCCCACUCCCCCUUCCUCCGCGGCCUCGCCUCCCUCGAGCUCGCCCUCCACUCCGACGACGUCCGCAUCCCCUUCGACCGCUGGCACGCCAUGCUCGCCGCCUCCCCCGCCCUCGAGCGCCUCAGCCUCACCUACUCCGGCCCGCGCGCCGCCGCCCCGCCCUGGGGCCCCCCCGCCCGCGUGCGCCUCCCGCGCCUCCGCGAGCUCCGCCUCACCGACCUCGACCCGCCGUACCUGUGCGCCCUCGUGCGCACCCUCGACGCACCCGCCCUGCGCACCCUCCACCUCGAGCUCUCCGACCAGGACUUUACGCCGUUCGUCCGCAUGCUCGCACGCCCGCCCCCGCCCUCCGACGGGCCCCUCGACCCGUCCCUUCCCUACGACGACCAGGGGGAGGAGCAAGACGAGGAGCACGAGGAGCACGACGAGGAGGGGCACGCCGACGAUGAGGAGGGGGAGGGGCGCGGUGGGGAGGAGAAGGGAGAGGAGGGGCACGGGGGGCGCGGCCCGCUCUUCCCGGCGCUGGAGACCCUCUCGAUCGCCGCGCUCGAGUGUACGCUCCCGAGCCUGCGCGCGCUCCUCGCCGGCGCGCCGCGCGUGCGCCACCUCGACGCCGCCUUUGCGCGCAUGCCCCCCGGGGCGCUCGAGCUCCUCGCGCGCGACGACGACGACGACGGAGGAGGAGUCGAAGGAGCAGGAGUUCAAGUCGAAGGAGCAGGAGAAGGAGCAGGAGAAGAAGGGAGAGGAAGAGCAGGAGCAGGAAGAAGAAGAGGGCCGCUGCUCCUCCCGGCGCUGACGACCGCCCGGCUCGCGGGCGUGGACGGCGCGGCGCUGCGGCGGCUGAUGCGCGCGCGGGGGCGCGCCGUGCGCACGUGGUACGUGCACGAGCGGUGGUGGGACGAGGAGUGCGAGCGGCUCAUGGUCGAGUGCGAGCGCGCGGGCGCGGCGCGCGUCGAGUGGUUCGAGGGCGAGGAGGGCGAGGAGGGUGGGCGGGAGGAGGGCGGGGAGGAAGAGGGGCAGGAGGGGGUGUGA